GGCGACAUGUGAGUGGCGGUGUCGGUGCGGUGUUUAAGAGAAAGGACCAUGUUGUUGCCGCAGUGUUCGCAGUGUUUCCGUGAUCCACGUUGAGUUCGGUGCAAAUGUAGGAAUGUCAGAGGCUAAACGGGUACCUUUGCAGACCUUGGAGUUUCCGGAGUCCUUGGGCUACGUUGCGAAGAAGGAGAAAAAGGGGGAAAAGGGCAAACAGCUCGCGCCCUCCUUCCGCUUCACACUCACCCUGCCAGAGUCGAACGAGAAGGCAUGUCCUGAGUUCAACUAUGCACAGCUCCUCAAAUCAGCCGAGAAGAAACGUAGGAAAGAGCAGAAGAGAGGCGAAGAAAAUGCAACUAACGGGCUAUCGUUUGACGACGAUGAUGACGAUGAUAAGCUCCGAGAUAUGGCAAGACGAUUUGAAGCAAAAUAUGGAACAUCGACUACGGGAAGGAAAAGGCAUAAAUACGACGAUUAUGUGGACCUGGGAGCUGGAUAUGAUGAGAAUGAUUCUUUCAUCGACAAUACUGACGCGUACGAUGAACUUGUACCAGAAGAGGUGACUACAGCACAUGGAGGUUUUUAUAUUAAUUGCGGGGCGCUGGAAUUUAGGACGGCUGAUCGACAUGUAUUGGUCCACAAUAAUAAUAACAACAACAAUAACAAUAGCAAUGACGACGAGAGCAGCGAAAGCAGCGAGGAAGAUACCGAGGAUGUGGAUAGCCCGAAAAGAUCAGAAAAAAGAGCUCUUAGCACAACAGAUGAAGAUGAAACUGAGGAUAUUACUGGUGAUCAACCAACAAAAAAACAAAAAAUAGAUGAAAAUGGAGAAAAGAAAGCUCAGGAAACUAUUAUCAGAAAGAAAAAGAAACAGCAAAAUUUACAAGAUCAGCAAAAUUCCCAACAAUACGGCGACACUUCGAACAGACGAAAGGAGAAAGGUGAAACUACAGAUGCAGAAGUUUCAGAGGAUCAGGAAGACAAGAAGAAAUCUGAUAAAAUAGACACACAAAAGAGUAAAAGUACGUCGGAUAAAAAGUUUGAUAUAAAAAAGUUUGAAAAAAAGACAUCCAACAGUAACGGUUUUGAUGGAAAGAAGUUAGAAUUAAAAAAAUUAGGUGGUAAAGAUAGUAAUAUUGAUGAUGCAAUAGAGAGUGUAGUUAACGCUGCGAGAAUUGAAGACGAAUCAAGUAGAGACACUACAGAUUCUGGCAAAUCUAGAUGUAUAGGUACAGAAUCUGAAUGUGAUGAUAUUGAUAAAGAAGGAGCACCUUUGCCUGAUUCCCUUCCAGAGAAUGUUAUAGAAAUAGUUAAUAAAUUAAAAGCUCAUGCCGAAAAUAGUAAAGAAGGAAAGACUAAAUUUUUCAAUACAGCGGUGAAUGCAUUAUUGUUUAGUUUAGAGAAAAAUUUGAGAAUGCUUUCUUCUACAAGUCUGAGAUCAGAAACAUAUGGGCAUCUAGCGCGAUUCUUACCAUGUAGUAAAAUGGCCCUCCAAAAUAGGGCAAAGAAAUUGUAUGUACAGGAUCUUGACUAUAAAAUCAAGGAUCUUAUGCAAAGGUUAACAGAUGUUAUCAAUAAAAUAAUGCCAUCCGUGGUGCGCAAAUAUCUUGAUGAAUGUCAAAAAGUCGCCGAAGGAAAUCCUCAUUUAUACUGGAAUAUAGUAUACCGGUACUGUUGGGAAAUGGAAGGAUCACCGGCUGAUGCUGUGAGUUCCGAUGACGAUGACAAUUGUGAAAAUUCAGAUAAGGCAAAAAUUCCUAAAAAACGAUUCCCUUGGACCGAGGAAGCAAAAGAACUUGUUUGCGAAAUCGCGAAUGCCAGGAGACAAUGUUACAAUGUCUUAAGACCAAGAAAAUUGAAUAUGUACACUUUUGUCGGGUCGUAUUUGCUUCGACAAGUACUACCAUUAUGGCCGCAAGGAUAUAUGACGGCGCAUGCUUUAUUAAAAUUUGUUGACGACUCGGAACCUGUCACGAAGAAGAAACCGAAGAAAUCGAAAGAGGUCGGGAAUGGCACUACCACGAGUUCUUUGGGAAAUCUAGUGUACAAUUCAACCGCAAAGAUUGAAACAUCAAAUAUUAAUAGCACCUCCUCUCAGGAAAGAGAAAAAGCUCCAACAAGUGUAUCUAAAGUUCAAAAUACCACGGAAAAUUCUACAAAUUAUGUAAAACAAGGAACAACAAAGUCAAACGAUAAUACCGAAAGGAAACAACAUAGUAUAAAACAUAAGGAUAAAAAUAAGGAUGCUUGUAACUCGGCACAGCAUCAUGAAAAUGCGACGGUUACUACUAGUAAUUCUACUGUAGGUAAAAUCUCUGUUGUGCCUACGGCUCAAUUGAUGGCUCAAAAGCCAGCUAAAUGUCACGUAGAAAAAAUUAACUUGAUGGAUUUAGCUAAUAGUUCUCUUUCUAUUACUCCGGUUAACGAGUUCCACAAAUCGUCUACAAAAGUGAAUGAAAAUAAAAAAGAUGUAGUUUCUAUUACGGCUUAUUCUGAAACUUCGAAUGUUCUUCCAAAUACAAAUGAAGUGCCUCAAAGUGGACAUCAUUCCGUACACAGACAGGAAGCUUUAUACUCAUGUACACAGUCUCAACAUUCUAACUAUUCUGUAUCGAAUCAAACAACACAACAUUCGAAACCUAUAUCCUUAAAGCAUAGGUUACUGAAUGAAAAUAAUGAAACCAAAAAUGAUAAAAAAAUAGAGGACAAAGAUACCGAUGUGGUUAAUAAGACUGAAAAAAGAGAUAAAAAGCGGGAACGGUGCGUGGAAAUUAAGCACAAAUCACACGAUGUUAAGAAAAGGAAGAAGGAUCCAAAGGUACUGGAGAAACAAGUUGGGCAUAUUAACUCAGACAUAGUGCCUAUGCAGCAGCAACAGCAACCAUUGCUUACGAAGGAAGAACAGGAGCAAAGACAAAACGAGGAGACAAUUGCUGCUACUAAUUAUUUGAGUCAAAUCAUUAACGAUGAUGUAAUUCCGCGAGGAAUAACGGAUAAACGAAAAGAUGCUGGAAUUAUACUAGAAGAACCUGUAAGCAAUGUAGUACAACCAACGGAACAAGAAAAAGAUGUGCAAAUGGUGAUGAGAUCAUUAAAAGAACUCCAAGAGUUACAAGAAAUGAAGUACUCCCCGAGUAACUCGCCAGUUAACACUAACAUGCAAAAACCUAACAAGUCGAGUGUGCAGUGUACUACUUAUCCGGACGAAUAUUCACGCUUAUAUCUUAAAAAAGAUGUUAAACUAAAGUCUAAAGAAGAGUCGCAAUGGUAAUAAUAUUAUCACUGACAAAAUACGUGCACUAUAGAUGCAAAUUAUAUUGAGCAGAACGAGAAAAAAACCAGUGAACGGAUAAUAAUUUCAUAGAGAAUUAUAGGGCGGAGUUUUUCAGUAAAUCAAUAUUAUUUUUCAUGUAAACAAAUGUGUGGGACUGAUCAGAAUUUCUUCCAUUAUCGCAAGCCGUGUCAUUAUCGAUGACCAAAAAUCAAUACGCAGCUGACAGCGUACCGCGAUAGUAUUUUAUCGCGUCAAUUUUUAAGUAUUUUAACAAACCGCCAAAUUAUGUAAAUAUAUUAAUUCAUUCGUAAUAAUUUGAAAAUGCGCGUGUACAGAGUAAGUAUAAAUUAUGGAGGUAUGUUAAUCGUAUAGACACUUGUAAAUAAGUUAGCGUCCAUUCAUCGCCGAGAAUGGGGUGGUCUAUGAAGAUCCAUUUUUUAUUUGACGGCGUAUCGCUGCUUGAUAAUUUUCAUACGAGUCUAUCAGCAAUUAAAAAAGUUAUUGGUAUACGGUGGUGUGUGUGCCAAUGGAAACAUGUUUUAUCGAGGAACCUAAUUCUGAUGUGCUUCUUUUAUUUUCUACAUACUGCCACGGUAUGGGAGGGGGCGGGCUAUCGCUGUUAGUAAACAUUUAUUUUUUUUUAUGGGUUCCAAACAAUAACCGGCCACCCUGAAUCACCGUGCGAGAACAAAUGUUUCGGACGGUGUUCCUUUUGUGCACCGACAGUAAUUAUGAUUUUGUGAUGUAACGCAAAGAAAGGACGGUAUCUAUAUUUUUCGACGUGUAUUCGGAAAUUAAAAUCAUUGCCUUCCAAAUUGUUAAUUCAUAGACAGAUGAACGUUUUCUAAUUCGCUUACAAAGCGUAACAUAGUAUACGCAAAUAAUAGAACGGUAAUUUUAUUAUUUGAAAACAAAAAGAAAAGAGAAAAAAAAACAUCAGAUGAAUUGCAGUAGAAUGACGAAAUACUGUACAUCUUUACGCUAUUUAUAAAAGCAAAACGAAAAAUAAAGUGAAACGUGUAUUUAAUAUAUUCAAGCGUUUACUGAAAUUUUUUAGGCAUUUCGAUUGGGAAAAAAAUUAUCAUGAUUAUUGAAUUGUGUUUAAAAAAAGUUGCAAAACUGUAUAGCUUGGUAUACUGUUUGGUCGAAUGAUCAAUUUUAAUAACCAGAAUGUAAGAGAGAAUGUGCGUGAAAGUACUACUUAGAAAGAGCUACAAUAUUUUUGAAACAGAUGACAAUUAGUGAUGUAUUAUAUACCGCAUACUUUCUUCUCCCCUCCCAUCUUACCCUUUACGAUACUUAGAGUAUGAUUAAAACGUCUUGUACAAUUCUGCACCGAGAAU